AGUAAAAAAUCGUGUGUGCCAAGAAUCUGUCGUCGUCGAUUUUUCGUAAAAUUUUGUGCAAUUUCAACCUUCAAUAUCGUGUAAUUGCAGUAUUCCUGAACGUGACACUUAUUGUACGUAUCGGGUCAGUGGUAUUUGCUAAAAUUGUGAUCGAACAUCGUGCAAAAUCUUGUGGAAUUUUCUAUCGGUAAACCUGGAAGCUGCGCUUCGUUCACACACCAAUUUAGGAAGGAAAGCUUCGGAAUUCCCGCAAGUUCGGUAGCAACAAGUGGUAUUUUCGGCGAUUUUUCCGAAACAUUGUGUUUAAAGUGGAAUAAAUUGACUGGUUUGUGCCAAGUAUUUUGAUUAGCUUAAUUUGCAUCAUCGGUGGGACGGCAAUCGAUGAGGAUUGCGCGAAAAAGUGCGAUUAUUUUGAAAAGUGCUACUGGUGUUUGACACUUACACAGUCACCUACACAGUGACAAGAACGAGUUUUAUUUUCCUUUGCUGGCUUGCUUCGCCGUCGUCGAUUACAUGUGUGGUGCGUUGGAACGCAAAACGCACACCUAGGCACGGUGACGGCUGAUCCAAACAAGAGGGCUGCGAUCAAGCCUCGAUUGCUCGUGGAUCGGUUUUUGGAUUGGAUUUUGAUCGUGUCUUCUGCCGUUCCGUGCUUCAAGUGGAGCUGAGUUGGUGUUGGAUCGAAGCAUUUUUUGCUGCUGCAGAGAAGUGGCUUGCUGCUUGUUGAAUGAAAUUUAUUUUGACGAUUUCUACAAUGCAUCUACACAUCGCAGCAUCACCAAAUCACAGAACAAGGAGAACAGCUAUUCGCGACUAACAAUCGAAGCAUCCGAUUGAAGCAGUGAAUUGCAUCCAUUACAGUUGCAACACCAUAACCACCACCACAGAUCCAUACCAAUGGUUCUUCAAAACGAAAAGGAACCCAAAAAGACGUUGGGUUCCUCGCUCACCGGAGCAGUAGUUACCGGUAGUGCAGGAGGAACUUCCUCCACCACGCCUGGUAGUACCGGUAACGGUAUCACCACCAUAUCUUCGUUGUCAUCGGCCAACGAGCAACCGGUCAGUAAACGGCAGCGCAUCGAGAACGAGUCCGAUGUCGUGGAUAGCAGCAACGCUAGCUCCAGUGGUAACUCUUCCAAUGGUUCUUCGCUGUUGGCAUCGGCCAGUUCCAGUUCGACGUCACUUUCGUCGUCACCACCGACGUCGUCGUCGUCUUCCUCCGGAUCGUCAACUUCGGCGGUGGCUGUUGCUGGUGUGGCAACGGUGGACGAUACCCCCUCACCUCUUCUGGAAAGUCCAAACGGCCAUGAACCAACUGGUUCGGAGGAAGAUUUGCUGCUGAGACAGGUGCCCGAAUAUCAGGCACUAUUUCAGGAAGCAAUCGCCAAGCAGUGUCUGUGCCGAUUGGAAACAGAGGUAUUGCUGAUGUCUUUCCAGUCGUACUACGUUUGCGGAGAAACUUCCCCGUUGGACACGGGUAGGGGAAAGGUUAGGCAACUGCUGCCACUUAUCGAGUGGCCGUUCGAGUAUCUGCUUAAGUUUCUGUCCAAUCUGCAGCUGCUGUUCGAUACGUACUUGAAACAAAACAUCAAGGGAAACAUCUGCUCGGGAGUUAUGGACAUGUGUAACUAUCUGAUCAGAAGCGAGAGCCAGCAUUCGGAGACGGAUUUUGUAUCGAUGAAUAUCGAUGAGAUUAUCGGAUUGUGUAACUACAACAACAAGUUUAUAAAUUAUCUGUCGGGAAGGAUAUUGUCCUCAUUUCUGAUCAUUAUCAAGGAUGAUUGGGAUGACCGAUGGCUGGAGAAGAUUGUUGCGAACUUAUUCGGUUUCAACCAGGCAGAUAUUUUAGCGGUUAAAAAGAUAAACUUCAGCUUGGACAUAAUCAAGCAGAUAGUAGAAUGGAAGGAUGAAACGGAACAUCCGCUAGACGACGAUAUACAUGUACAAGCGGUGGCUGGGCCUAGUGCAGGAGCGUCCAGCUCAGCGGGAUUUCAUGCGCCUCCAUUGGAAAAUAAUUAUUUUGCCACUCAUUACGGUUCUCAACAGUACGGGGACGAGUCCACUGCCAGCACCAUAUUCAACCCUGUUUCAGCAUCAUCCCCAACCACCACUGCAACGUCGUACCCACCUAGCCAUAGUGUAGUAAGCCACGUUAAUCUGCAGCAUCCAAGUAACGCAGCAAGUUCCUCCCAAAUCUGCCAUAUAAUCACACUGACCGACUCGGAAAGUUUCGAUACCACACGAAUCAAAUGCGAAACUAUCUGUAUCCUGGGUAAAAAGUGGUCUGCUCUUGUGAAAAUUAUCAGCAAACUGAUACCGGAGGUGUCACGACCACACAACACUCAAAGCAUAGCUACCGAAACCUGCAUUCUAACGUUUCUGCGACUUUGGGAGAGUAUUAUCAGUGUGAAGGCUAAUCUAUCGGUCGUGGAAACAAAACCGUUUCACUCAAAGCUAGAUGACUUCCAUGCAUUGCUCCUAUCAACGGAGAAUGCUGUCAUCUACAAGCAGAUGUUGACUCUGUUUAAUGAAGCUCUCUGCUACGGAAGCACACUUGCUUUGCAAGAUUUCAUCCCAGAGGAAGUUGGCAGUUUAGCGCACAGUGUGGUUCGAUCGGUUAAGGAUCAUCGAAUACUGGACAAAAUGCCUAAAUCGACAUAUUCAACCAGUUUGGGAUUACUGGGACACAAAGGGGAAGUCAUUCGGUAUCACGACAAUCGUCUAUCGCCUAUCUCGGAUCAGAAUGGACGCCUUGGAAUUUACCACAAUCUUCCUGGCAGUAGUAGCGGUAGUAGUAGUAGUAGUACGUUCCAGAAUCCUGCGGCAAACACACACUACGAUCGUACACUGAUGCAGAAGAUGGCUCUACUAGUCUUGAAAGCGGUAGCAGUUAUUGUCAAGGAAAUCAGAUGCGACUCGAGCGACAGCAGUGUGGACAGCAGUGAUAUUGACAUGCAAGAGAUUCAGAUGAUUGAACGUAGUAUCCGGGAUGUGGUGCGGAAGCUGGAAACCUACCUUAAACAUCAGCUCGAAUUUCACCCGGAUAGCCAUUUCAGUCAGGUGCUUAUACAUUUAUUCGACGACCAGGACGAUUAUCUGGUGGAGGCAAUGGUGUGUACGCUGGACGUCACAUCCGGAAUCUCUUUCCGGAACAAUGCCUUUCCGGAGCUAAUCGCCAUCCUGAACCCGGUCUACACGUUCAUCGAGUUUUCCAACUUGGGACCGAAUAUUACUCAUCUGUUUUUGGAUCUGCUGAUAAGUACGGAGACCUGCUUUCUGCUGUUUUUACUACGCUUCCUGAAGUACAUCCGGCAGAAUUGGGCCAUGUUUACGCAGAGCUGUUUGAGUUACUAUCAGCACAACAGUUACAGCAAUGCGCGGGCUGUCAUGUACAACAAUGCUCCGAUCAGCAGCGCUAACCAGAACGUGGUGCUGGACAACGUGAUGACGGUGCUGAUCAGUUUGCGGUUGCAGAUUAGUCGACUGGUAGCGGAUACGAUCUUCCCGUACAACAUUGGACCGAUACUGCGGUUGAUCGAGAAUUGCGAGAGUUUGUAUGAGGGUAACGAGCUGAGUUGAGCGGAUGGUGUGAAAAAAACCGACGAUUCUGAAUCCUGCGACAUUUUUAGUGAUAUCUUUCUCUAGACAAAAAUGACCCAUUGUGAUCGGCAGACCUUGUGCCCGGGUAAUCUGCGUGAAGAUUCUACGAUUUUAGAUACGAAACUUACAGCUAAAUUCUUUACAGAUGAUUACUGCCUUCAUAGUCUGUAGUGUUCUCUAGUGCGCUCCACGCUGGAGUAUUGUUGGGAACCUGAAUUACUUGAAGAUCAGCGAUCGAAUUGAAGGCAUUCAACGCAAAUUUAUACUGUAUACUCUUCGACACCUUCCUAGGCGCGAAACUUUUCGCCUUCCAAGUUACAAAACCGGUGUCAACUCAAGUAGCUAGGUCUAGAACGUUCAACGGGAUCCUUCUUCUGAGAGUACCACCGCUAAUGUCUGCCAUCGUGUAUCGCACUUGUUCGACUUCAAUCUGUCUUGGACAAUAUUAAGAAAUCGAUUCAUGCAAUUUUUUAAGUUAUUGUUUUAAGUUUCCUUUAUUGGGCCUGUUGUAUGAGUUAAAUAAAUAUGACAAAUAAAUAUGGUAGCUCUUCUGACUCCGGGCUGUCCGCGGUCAUUCGCUGGCUUGAGUACUACAGUUGCUUCGUUGCCGAUUACCAUGCAGCGCUGAGUAUUCACGGUAUGCAACAGUUUGGUCGUUGUAAUGCUCGGCGAAAUCUUGAUGAUAUUCUUGAUUCCUGAAUCGUCUGCAAAUAAAUGGGGUGGAAGAAUGCCUUCAGGUUGGUUCGGUGACUUCUUAUGCCCUAUCUACAAGGCCAUACACUCGAGGCACGAUUCUCAAUACCUCCCACUAUUCUGUUUAGCAGACUGCGCACGUUGGCUAAUGCUUUUGUCGGCAAAUACUAAAACAGUUUGCGAGAAUCAAUGGUCAAUGAUGGACUCACUCUUCAUAUGUCCGUGGAUUUUAAUGCAACGUUCGCUUCAUGGAAACGAAACGAACUGGGCAGUAAUGCAAUAAUGGUUGAACAUGGCUUUUCCAGAAAACAUUAAGCUAAUUUCGUAUGACAUUGUAUUGGUCAAAAUCAGUCGUCAGAAUAGCUGGACUCGUUUGUGAUGUUAGAUGGAUUGAAUGGGAUUUGUCGUUCAACAUAGCGCUAGAAGCUAUGAUACGAUCUGGUGUGCAAAGAAAUGUGUAAAAAAUUGUAAAAAUUGAGGCAAUCAUAUGCGCAGCCGCAAGACGCUGAACAGUGGUUGAUAGAAUGGGGGUUCGAAUGCUCAUUUCGCAUAAAGUGUGAGCGCCCAGAAAAUAUCUGUGUUUUCACCCAAACUAAACUAGAAGCCUCAAGCUUUCCAAAACAAUUAUCCAUUUUUUCACCUUUAUUUUUUACUUUAAUCACGGUUUUACUAUUAUAAUUAUUUUUGGGGCUUCCGCGAAUAUGGACGACAGUAAAAACGUCUUACGAUUUUCUGUUAAAUCGGGGGGUCUAAAUUAUCCCCACGAUCUGAAUAGCUCCGGGUUCCCCUACGGAUGGAAAAACUAUUUUUUUUUUGAAGAUCAGUGACUACAAAAUACAAAAAAAAAUCAUGUGAUUAAACUUGCGAUGUCACCACUGCGAAUUUGAUACUGAACGCCCAUUUGCUUUGAAUUGUUUCUCAUUGCCAAUUAUUGUCUGACUUUUCUUGGGGUAGGGUUCUUGUCCUUGGCUACAGCUUGUGCCAUAGCAGAAGUGGUAAGAUGCGUACUAUCUCGUAGGUCCUUGUGUUAUUGGCCUCUGCUUGCGAGCAUGCGUGCAAAAUUUAGAAUCGAGAUUUUCCCCGGAUCAGAGCUGCAAAUUUUCAACAGUUUGUUUUGAACUUGAAGGAGAAAAAAUCCUCAAAUCAUGCCCUACUAUGUUCAAUUCGCAGUUGUUCGUUUCCAUUAUUCAUUCAAACAGCCGACCUGCUCUAUCAUUUUCCAUUCAUUUUCAAUUUCAUUGACCCUGUGAAUAUCUCUCUACUGGGUAUUGACUAGGUUUUUCAAGCAAAACUACUCUGAACAUAGUUAUUACUGUCCAUGUAAGCUUGAAAACGCAAAACAUGGCGACAUAUAACCUAAACUGGCCUCUACAGAGCAGAUGACAGCUUUGGUUGGUGAAUGAAAAAGCAUCAAUUUGAAAUGAAGACGUACGAUUCAGUUAUGAAAAUCCCGCCAACUUGAAACUGAAUGAUUGAGGGAGGCUUUGAAUUUGAAUCAUGGUUGGGUUUGAUUGAACUGAAAGUUGGCAUUUGAAAAUGAAAAUUUGCACCACUGCCCCGGAUUGACUGGAACCGAACCUAACCAAACCAUUCACGCAACUACACUAUCCAGCGAGAAACCCUUCGGGGUUAAGUCGUUCCCACUUGGAGUCUUUAACCGUCCAGAAGUCGCACAAAUGGCUCACGCAGCUGCUCUAAGAUGAUUUCGCUGGAUUUUCAGAGCAGCGUGCACUCAGUGCACUAGCGCGACUUCCGGAAGGUUAAGGGUCAAACAGAAUGCUCCGUCACUGAAUCAGUGUUUAUGAAAUUUUGGGCUGUAAAAUCUGUCUAAUCGUCGAUUGCUUUCUGUAACGAGCGACACGGUGUUGUUUCGACAGUUUUGAAACAUUUCGGGCUUAACGCUGCGUCAGUGACGGAGCGCUUUGUCUGACCCUUCAACUAAAUAAACCGUGCAAACAACCAGUUUUCGCAAACAAAUCCCAGUUCGAUGUAGGGUAGUACUUCGUCUGUAUUUGGUUACACAGAGAACAAAAACAAUCAAAAUAUUCGAUAUUCAUACAACAGCGACGAGAAUGUUUUUUUUUAUAGAAACGAAUUUUAGUAUUUAUAUUUUAGGCUAAUACUUUCGGAAGAAAUAAAACCAUUUCGUAUCAAAAUUUUAAACUUUAUAUCCUGUGUCGUUAUGUGGUUUCGAUUUUAAAUUUAUAUUACCUAAAACAUAGAAAAAAAAAAAAUAAACAGAAAAGCAUCAGCAAGAAUAACACACCAGUCGACAAUAUGCCACCUCGCCUUUGGCUUUAAUGCAUACCGAAAGCGGUGAGUGAAUAUGUGCCUUAACUAAUCCGAUCCUUCAGUAACGGUACAAUGUACCUCCAGUUUUUUUUUCUUGUGGUCUAAAAACCCGAAAAGUUCCGUUCUGCAGACUGAUUUUCUGAUUCUCGUCCUAUAUUAGAUAGUUAAAUUACUGAACUUCCACUGACUGGUUGGUCCAGGUAGGUCUUGAGAUGUUUUGUAAAUGAAAAAAGUGUACAAAAAAGAAGGGUUUAACCAUAAGAAGAUAAUACAAUAUAACAGUGCUAGUAGUUAGUAGUGCUCAUAGCUCGGUAAAAUAAAGUCAACUGUUCGCGUAAAUGUUUUGUAUAAAUUGUAGUUUGGGGGGAAGACAACAAUAAUUUAAUGUUAGUUUGUAAAUUAGUUCAUAUGAAGAAGAAAGAUUUUAAUUUAUGGUGACCGCCUAAAGAUAAUUUAUAUCGUUAAAAAGAGCGCAUAUUUGCGGAAUAUGUAAUUUUAGAUAGGUUUUAUUUUGUGAACAGUAAUUUAUAUUCAAAACAGUCCACCCUUUCUGUACAGUUGACUCACAAUAAACUAUUUAAAAAAUUAA